AUGUCUCCGCAUUAUUAUCAGGCAUAUACGCAGGUCAUGCAGCCCGCGAUGAAUGCACAAGGGUAUACCUUAUCAUCCACUUACAUGCCUCAGCACCCCACCGGGGGAACCAAUGUGCGACAUGUAUCUCGUAAUACCAGCUCUAACGUCCCUGUGCGGACUAACGAUAAAAGGUCAGACCACACUAGCGGCCAAGCAUAUGCCAGUUGGUAUCAGUCUGGCAACUGUCGUUGCAUUCGUCAAGGUUGUGUGUUUACUGGCUCUAAGAAGUCAGUUGAGGUACAUAUGAUGGACCGCCACUUUAUCUUCCCCCCUGGGUGGCAGAAGAAAGACGAAUGGGAUACUGAUCCGAGUCUCAAAGGCAAGCCCAUUGCAAUCCAGGGAACAUCUUUAAUCCUCGACUCCCAAGAAGCGAUCGAUGCUUGGAUAGCAGAGCGCAAGAACCGGUUUCCUACUGCACAGAAUGUUGAAGACAAGAAGAGGAAGCUCGAGGAGGCCGUCGCGAGAGGUCAGCUGACCCCCGAAGACAUGGGUUUACAAGGACGAAGGAAGCGGAGAAAGGACGAUUCUUCAUUUCGAGGUCAGCAACCAAGGGGCAGAGCGAGGGGCAGAGGAAUGGGCCGUGUCAACCACACUAGGGCCCCUAGUCCAAGGGCUCAAGAUACAUCAUCACAAAUGAAACCUCGGACAAACCCUAUUCUUCCCCUACUAAUCCCUGCAGAGCAACAUGAUGAAUCAGACUCAAGUUCAGAUGACGGCGCUCCCGAAGCUGUAUCUUCUAAGCCUCCUCCACCUCCAGAGGCAGACCUAGCAUUAGCAGCGCAGAACAAGGAAGAACUGCAAUCACACCCACCACACAAGCCCAUAAAAAGACCACCUCCACCUCAACCCAAGCCCCUGCCGCGAAAUCCAUUCGCGUCGCGACCUACCUUACUCCGGAGCUUACUUCUUCCUGAGAUCCGCAUCACAGUAUCCAACCUGUCUCAAGCGAUUCGAUUUUUGGUUGACAACGACUUUCUGCGAGGAGUUGAGAUGAAACCAGGCGAGGCGCAGCAAAAAAUGAUUGAAGUAGUAGGAAGUACUGGCCCCCAACUUCAAACCAUUCUCUCAGACCCGAAGUCCCAGAUGACUGCACCAGAAUAG